CCCUGGGUUCUGCCUUCUCCCUCUGUGCUGGUUCUUCCUGUGGACUCCCUGGAGGCAGUGGGAGAGGAGGGACCUUUUUGUGUGCACCGAGUUUAAUGGUGGUUUGCUUUUUUAAGGAUAAAUCACACAUCGAUCUGCCUCUUCUUGGUACCAAGUCGUACCCAGAAGGCUUCCUGUUCCCAGCAUCAGCCUUAGAAGGGGGACCUGGAUGUUGAAUCAUUUCAAGGGGAACACAGACAGGAGUGAUGGUGGACCACGGAGCACUGGCUCUGUCUAUGCUGUUUUCGAGCCUGGUAGGCCAGCCACAGGAGGGCUUCCUGGAGGUGGUAUUGACCUUGGGGAAGGGGCUGAGGUGUGUUCAUCAGCGCUUUUUUUUUGAUGCUUGAGUGUUCAUGAUCCAGCUCGCAGUCCCCAGGCUGAAUAUGUAAGAAUGGUUUGCUUCUAUUUGUCAUUUGUGAUUGCCCAUGAAGGCAGCACUGGGGAUGAGCCUUGGGAGCUGUCAGCCCUGCACCAGGUGCGUGCAUGUGGGAGGUCAGAGGGCGCCUGCUUCUGCCUCGAUGUCUGUGCCGUGCCUCUGACUGCCGGCUUUCUGCUCACACCUAGGAUGGCCGCCUGAGAAUGGGACUCUUGUUCUGUGUUUGUGGAGACACUCCUCGGGGCCGUGUGACUGCCGGCUUUUUACACCCCGACUGCCAUGGGGGUCAUCUGGACCCGAAGCCAGCUUCAGGAAGGGCAUUCGCAGCAUCCUCAGCCCAAGGAAAGCGAACGUCCAGCUGGAGAGAGGAGAAGCCCUAGAAGUGAUAUAGGCUCUGGCCGGGGGAACCGAUGUGCUCGUGUCGCAGCGUGGGGUUUGGUGAGGAACCACUGGAGCGCUCUUGCAUUUUUCAUGAGGAAGACCACACAGUUGGCCUCAUUCCUGCACAGUGGGAGAAUGUGUGGAGGUGUCCCGCUGCCAGAGAGGAGGCCUGUGUCAGCAUCAUCACCAGCAUCCAUGCUACCUACAAGAGGAGGCAGGAGGACUCCUCUGCCACACCUGGGGAGGUCUCGUCAAUGGCAGGUUCCCUCUACAAUGCUUUCUCUGCUACAAAUGCAACUCAGCAUCACCUCUUUCCUGGAUAUAAUUCCAAGGAAUUAUUAAAGGAGGCAUUGGUGUCAGCACCUCGUGAAAUACUUGUAAGGA